AUGAUGAUUUGGUCUGAAGAACGAAAACAUCAAUGCUCGACUUGCGACCAGACGUUUCUUAGUAAACACGAAUUGGAAAGACACGUGGAAACUCAUACGGGCGAAAGGCCGUUUAAAUGCAGUUUAUGCGAGAAAAGCUUUUCGUGGAAGAGUCACUUGAAACUCCACAUGAAAGUGCAUUCCGAUGAAAGACCAUUUAAGUGCAAUUACAAUAACUGUGAACGUAGCUUUAAACGGAAAACUGAGUUAGAACAACACACGUACAGACGGCAUUCUGAUGAGAUUUUAUCUAAAAUUCCACCAAACGAUCUGAAGAUAAUAAGCCGUAAAUGUAAUUUUUGCCUAAAAGUUUGUGCAUCUGCCGCUGAGUUAAGACGUCACUUGAGAACUCACACCGGAGAGCGGCCAUUUUCGUGUAACUUUUGCAACGACACUUUCAAUUUCAAAAGUAGUUUAAACAGACACAUCAGAAAGAUCCAUCCGAAAGAAAAAGCUCCAUCUUGCUCCGAAGAAAAGACACAAGAUGUUCAACGAGAGCAGAAAAAAUCGUUUGAACAACCAUCAACAAGUUUUCAAAGACCACAGUCAAUUGAAUCUGAAGAUAUUUCAUCAGAGGAGAAUCUUUUUACUUUACAAGAAUGUGAAGAAUUCCUUGAAAAUAUUAAUGUCGAUUUAGAAAUUCUCAAAUUGGAAGGCUCCUCACAAGUGAUCUUCUUCCCAGAAAUGGACGUUGAAGAAAUUAAAUUGCAAUGUCCGUUCUGUAGUGAACAAUUUUUAGACGACGAUUCGCUUAAAAGACACGAAAGAAACUUUCAUCCGUCUGACUAAUUAAUUGUGGACAACUAAUUUUCAAAAUAUAAUAAAAUCAUAAGGUACCAAAGUGACAAGUUACCAAAGGUGCUACUGUAGAUAAAGUGAUUUAAUCAAAUGCAAAAGAAAAAAAAUUAAAAAAAACAUGCAUAUCAGAAUGACACGAUGUUUGUCAUGUUUGAAUAAGCAGUAAAAGUUACUAAAGUUGAAUAUUUUAUUUCAAGAAAAUUUCUGGUUUUUUAUUACAUAUAAUUUUAAUACUAACUUGAAGCAGAUUAUUCUUGGUAUCUUAUAUUCAUUAUA